AUGUCCCGGCGCAAGGUCGGCAGCACGCCCCGCCGAGUAGACCCAGAGCCCGCCGCCAACCCAGACGACGAGAUGGAGAUGCCAGACCUAGUCAUCGAAGUGAAGCCGGAGCCAGACGCGCGGCCCCUGCAGGCCCCAUGGCCGGGGCCCUUUUCCCCUAAGGGGAUGUCCGCGCCUGGGCUGUUCUGGGGCGAACCCCGCAGGUCCCCUGGACCCAUGCCCACUGGGGCCGCCCUCCUCGCUCUCGGCGCGCGGAACCCAUGGACCUUGUGGACGCCGCUGUCUCCUAACCCUCCCGACCGCCAGCCUUGGACCGACAAACACCCAGAUCUGUUGACCUGCGGCCGCUGCCUGCAGACUUUCCCGUUGGAGGCCAUCGUUGCCUUCAUGGACCACAAGAAGCUGGGCUGUCAGCUCUUCAGAGGCCCCAGCCCUUGCCAGGGCUCAGAACGCGAGGACCUAAAGGCAUUGAGCUGUCUCCGCUGUGGCAGACAGUUCACAAGAGCCUGGAAACUGCUGUGCCAUGCCCAAUGGGACCACGGACUCUCCAUCUAUCAGACAGAAUCAGAGGCCCCAGAGGCCCCACUGCUGGGCCUGGCUGAAGUGGCUGCAGCUGUGUCAGCGGUGGUGGGGCCAGCAGCUGAGGCCAAGAGCCCCCAGGUGAACAGCCUCAUCCGGCGGAGCCCCACCUGCCUUGUGUGCAAGAAGACCCUCAGCUCCUUCAGCAACCUCAAGGUGCACAUGCGCUCACACACAGGUGAGCGGCCCUAUGCCUGUGACCAGUGCCCCUAUGCCUGUGCCCAAAGCAGCAAACUCAACCGCCAUAAGAAGACCCACAGGCAGCUACUGCCUCAGAGCCCCUUAAUUGCUGACACCACCCAGGAACUGGCCUCUGCAGCCCCUCCAGAGCCAGCUGCCCAUGCCGCUGCCCCAGCCAGCACCCUCCCCUGCAGCGGUGGAGAGGGGGCAGGAGCUGCUGCUACUGCGGGCAUCCAGGAACCUGGGGCUCCUGGCAGUGGGGCUCAAGCAGGCCCUGAUGGGGACAGCUGGGGAGCCAUCACCAAGGAAGAGAGAAUUGACCCUGCAAACAGUCAGAAGAUGUCACCCAAGAAGACAACUAAGUCAGUGGGCAAGAGCCGUGGGCCUGGGGGCAGCUGCGAGUUCUGUGGGAAGCGUUUCACCAACAGUAGCAACCUGACAGUGCACCGGCGCUCACACACCGGUGAGCGGCCCUACACCUGCGAGCUCUGCCCCUAUGCCUGCGCCCAGAGCAGCAAGCUCAACCGCCAUCGCCGCAUGCAUGGCCUAGGGCCAGGCAGCACCCGCUUUGAGUGCCCCCACUGUUGUGUGCCCUUUGGCCUUCGUGCCACCUUGGACAAACACCUUCGGCAGAAGCACCCUGAGGCUGUGGAGGAGGCCUGAGCAUGGGCAUGCCCUCUCUUGUAGUCCCUGGUA